AUGAGCACGUGGCAAGCUCAAGGUGACCACACUGCCACAAGUCCCAGGUCAAAGAUUCAGCAGUCAACCCAGCUAGAUAACGCUGCCACUCCUAGGAUGUCUCAUCUGCCUACGCCGCUGAGUGAGCUAAAACAGUUCUCUGAGGACCUUCUACGAAGAAACCACCACAUUGUCACUUCAGAAGCUGCUCUCAGCCCUUCCAACGAGCAGUCAGACAACGAGGCCCUGAAGAUUUCUGCUUACGCAAGGCUAGAUUUCGAAAAUUACACGUUCUUCGUGCAAACGCUUCAGGUGGUAUUGGGAAGAAAAGCUGUAGAUGACUCGGCACCCUCUCAUCACGCUGUGGACGUGCACUUGUCGUCCAAGAAGGCCAUUUCUAGACGCCAUGCGAAAAUCUUCUACAACUUUGGCACUCAAAGAUUUGAAAUUUCCAUAUUAGGCCGCAAUGGCGCUUUUGUGGACGACCAGUUUGUUGAAACAGGUAUCACCGUUCCGCUUGUCGAUAACACCAAAAUUCAAAUUGGCGACAUUCCUUUCACGUUUGUUCUACCUUCACUUGGACCUCCAGAAGAGAAGAAGUCAAGCUCUGCGAAACCUUUCAACCCAAGUGAUGCUAUAAAUCUACGGUCAAACUUAUAUCUGAAUCCUGGCUCUCCCAACAGAAGGAAGUCUCUCACUGAAGAGCAGAAGAAAGCACGCAGGGACCUGCGAGCAGAUAUUGUACGGCGCUUAUCGAAUGCUCGACGAAAGUCACUUGCCUCAUCAACAAGCGAUGAAAUUACUGCUCUUCUCAAGGAGCUUGAGGAUAUCGGCGACGAUGACGAGAAUGAUAUACUCGAUAAGGAAGUCAAUGAGCUACUCCGUCAAGGCAACAUUCAAAAAGAAGAUGAUGAAUUGGACGAGCUUGUUAAGCAGCACAAUCUUCUGCAGGGUGUGGGUGUCGACGACAAAGAUAAGAAAGUCGAUGAUGUUGACAUAAAUUUACUAGAUCAAGAAAUAGCGUCUCUCGCUCCCCUUAUGGAUGGACAGCAUGCAGAAAAUGACGCAAAUUCCACGGAUUCGAAGCAGGGUGUUCACGGCAGGCACGACACAACACAUCCUCCUCCAAGUACAGCUCCAACGGACCCGAAAGCUGGGCCUCUCAUGGGUCGCCCUGUGGGGCCACGCAUGGGUAAGCCAGCUCAGAUCCAGCCUCCAGCCAAUAGACCUUAUGGAAGACAAACGGUUGGUCAAUUUUAUGGCUAUCCUAACGCGGGAUCCUAUCCAGCAGGCUACAGUCCGCCAUAUGGAACUCCUGGGUAUGCUUCUGGCGUCAGGGGAAAUGCUUAUCUUCCAAUGAUGAUGCCAGCACGACCGCCACCACCUAAACUUGAAGUCGAGGUGGAAGUCAUUAGUAGUGUUACUGUGAAGCAACAAUCAGCUCCGUUUAAAGCCAUAUCUACAGGGGUUGGGGCCUUUCAAAUCCCACCGGUGUGUGUUUUCAAAACUUUGGAUCCUCCCCUGAGUAAACCUAAAGUUCCUCUCAGGCGUAAGGACGCCCUGAGCGUGAGGAAGUCCAAGGCUACUACCAGCAAGGAGGUUCCGGAACAGUACAAAUCAAAGCCUUCUGAGAGUAUAAUCGCAAUGAUCACGAGGGUUCUUCGGGGACCUAAUCCCAGGAACUCGGGUUUUUCUGUGAGUGAAAUUCAUGACGCAAUCAAGGAAUAUUAUCCGUACUAUCAAUAUUGUCCAGAUGGAUGGCAAUCAAUGGUGACCCAUGUUUUGAGGACUCACAAAAUGUUCAAACGCGUCUACAAAGCAGGUCUUGAGUCAGAACAUCUAUGGACGAUUGAUGAUCAGUUCCUUGCUGAAAAAGAACGGGUGAGAAAGAAGCAACAAGAAGUGGCUAUGGCUAAGGCGAAAGAGGCCGCUUUGAAGGCCGUUGAGCUAAGACUGAAACAACUGACUCCUCAGUUUGGCUCAGUAGGAAGACCUUUCAUGACUCCUUACGCUUCGACGUAUGGUCAGCAAAGGUACCCUAUUUCUCGUGAUCUGUCACCACCUAUAAACAAUGGUGCUCUAGAUCAAAAGCCAAAGUCUAUUGCUGAACUUGCUAGUGAGAUAAAAAGAGAAUCACCAGGGGCUUCAAAUUCACCUUCAUAUAUGCACAGUCUGAGUUUAUCUUCCACGCUGGUAGUAAACGCAGCUGAUACGAGCCAUAGCAUCAAGGAACAGCUUGCCGCCAACAGAUCAGGCAGCCCACCCAAUGUCAGCGCUACCAGCGGCGAUGGUAAGAGUCAUCAAACUUCACCCACUCCACAACCGGUUGCAGCAGCAGCAGCAGCUAUAUCUGCAACGACUACAUCCAGCUCAACUACAAAGCUGUUACCAAUGAACGCAGAUACCAAGAAGUCCCUCGCAUAUUUACAGAAAGAACUUUUCACACUAUACAAAAACAAAAAAUUAUCCUAUAAUACUGCUACUACCACGAACAUCAUCACAAAGGCAUUAGCCACGACAAUCGCUCAGGUUAAUACAAUCGGUGCUAAGGCUGGCUGUGGAGACAACGCUUUGAGCUUCUUGGUGGAGAAAGCCCCUCAACAGGUGAGUAAAAUUCUCGACAUCGCAUUAACAAAAUCAAUUAAGGAAUACGAAGGGAAGCUGUCGAAUCCGACAAGCAAGGAGUCUACGCCAAUUCCUCUGAAUGCAUCACCUGCCGCAAGAUCGAGCACGACACCAAAGCCUACCAGUGAUAUUCCGAGAACGCAUGGCCCAGAUCAACCCACCUCAGGGUCAUUGUCAGCAACCCCAAGUUCUCCACUGGGAGGUACAACGAAGCCCACAUACACUGGAGGUUUGAGUCGCCCACAUUUCAGCGGGGUCGCGAGGCCCCAAAAUAUUAGCAAGCCUGGCGCAUUGCUGAAGGGUCCCGAAUUCCUCUCAAACAAACCAAGACAAGAAAAGCGACCAGCAGAUGAUAUCAAAGAGGAUCCUCUGAAGGCCAUUAAGCUAGAAUAG